AUGGCUGAGCCUACGAAACUUCGAUUGUGCGAAAGUCGACCCCGAGUGUUCAUCAUCUCCGAUAUCUCGAACGAGCCCGACGACGAUGAGUCUCUGGUCAGAUAUCUUCUCUAUAGCAAUGAAUUUGACACCAGAGGAAUAGUGGCGUGUACGUCAUGCUGGCUGAGACAGAAGGUUUCCCCGGAGAGCAUGGAGAAGAUCGUACGGGCCUAUGCCAAGGUAGUCGACAAUCUCAACGCCCAUGUUCAUCCCAGCAACCCGUAUCCCAGCCCCGAAUAUCUGCUUUCUAUCAUUAAGAGCGGUCCUCCACUUUACGGCCGUGCUGCCCUUGCACCCGACGUACCGCUCAGCUCCGGCGCGGAGCUUCUAGUGGAACAGCUCAAGGCUUCAGAGGAACCUCUCUGGGUGAUUUCUUGGGGAGGCGCGAAUGUCCUCGCGCAGGCGCUUCAGCAUAUACACCAAACGUGUUCCAUGACCGAGAGUGCCCUGCUACGGUCGAGGUUGAGAGUAUACACCAUAUCCGACCAAGAUGACACAGGGAUGUGGAUUCGAGUCACAUACCCGGACAUCUUCUACAUCUGCUCAGUACACGCGUGGAAGGAGUACGCCAUGGCGGCGUGGAUUGGCAUAUCCGGGGAUGCACUUGUGCCAUUCGAUGAGGGGGGACCGGACGUCACGAAGGUGACGAAAGAGUGGCUUCGAGACCAUAUCCAGAUCGGGCCCUUAGGGGAAGCGUACCCAACGUACUCUUUUAUUAUGGAGGGCGAUACACCGACAUUCUUAUAUCUCAUUCAGAACGGGCUCGGUUCCCCAGAAUAUCCGGAAUGGGGAAGCUGGGGUGGCCGUUACGCUCUCGGCGACAUUGGAGGCGCCUCCAAGCAUUACGCUGAUGCCCGCGACACCGUGGUCGGCAAGGAUGGAAAAUCCCAUACCAGCAACCAGGCGACUAUCUGGCGCUGGAGGGAUCAUUUCCAAGAUGACUUUGCGGCGCGUAUGCAGUGGAGUUUGGGAAGCGAUAUAUCAAAAGCCAAUCACGCCCCUAUUGCCAUCGUGAAUGAAAGCACUGCGGGGCCCGAGCCAUUGCUUUUAGAGUCUGUUGCCGGCUCCGAAGUGCUUCUCGAUGCAUCGCAGAGUUACGAUCCAGAUGGUGAUGAGCUGACAUUCACCUGGUUCUUUUACAAAGAGGUGACGUCGGCACAACAAGAUAUCCAGUGGAUAGUUCCAGACCUGCAAUGGGAUGUCCUUGAGGAUGCUCAGAAGCCUAAAGGGAGUGUCAUUCGCGUGAAGAUUCCUUCACCGGCGGAGUGUGCGGUUGAUCUCGUCCAUGGCAAAGCCCUGGAGAAGGGCCAAGCUUUCCAUCUGAUUCUACAGCUGGAAGAUAAUGGAGUCCCCAGAAUGACUACUUAUAAGAGGGUCAUACUGCAAACGACGAACCCUCAGCUGCUUGGCGGAACUGGGAAGGCCUUUUCCACAUUCACUGAGGUUGUGGAGUCUCGUGGAGAGAUAUAA